CGCCGCGGAUCCGGCGGGGACAGCGCCGGGGAGCUCCGGCAUCCCCCGCGUCGCCCCCGGCCCGCAGCGCCCAUGCCCGCCGCCCGCCAGGAUCUGUUGAAGAUGUAGGGGCUGAGCCAUGAGCUCUGGGACACGGUGUUUGGGUGAUUGUCAGUGCUGAAUCCCAUGGGAACGCUGCUGGAGCGAAACCGCAGCGCCCUGGUUUUCCAUGCGUCCGAGAGCGCCUGCGAACAGAGAGGGGCUGCGCGGUCUGGCAGAGCCCGUGUAGCUGAUGGCUCCGGGGACAAUGCCGCUGUCCUGCUGCAGAGCCAUGCCCAAGAUGGGUGAUGGUGCCAAAAAGCCGGCGUCGGAGACGGCGCCGGAGCAGCGCUGGAAGCUACAGGUCUUCUACCUCUGCUUCUAUGGCUUCAUGACGCAGAUCCGGCCCGGGGAGAGCUUCAUCACCCCCUAUCUCCUGGGGGCCGACAAGAACUUCACAAAGGCGGAGGUGACCAACAUGAUCACGCCGGUGCUGUCCUACUCCUACAUGGCCGUGCUGGUGCCCAUCUUCCUGCUGACGGACUACCUGCGCUACAAGCCUGUGCUGGUGCUGCAGAGCCUGAGCCACAUCUCCAUCUGGCUGCUGCUGGUGCUGGGCACCUCCGUGCUGGCCAUGCAGCUGAUGGAGUUCUUCUACGGCAUCACCAUGGCCGCCCGCAUCGCCUACUCCUCCUACAUCUUCUCGCUGGUGGCCCCAUCCCGCUACCAGCGCAUGGCCAGCUACUCCCGUUCUGCCGUGCUCCUGGGCGUCUUCACCAGCUCCGUGCUGGGCCAGCUCUGUGUCACCCUGGGCGGCGUCUCCUUCCUCACCCUCAACUACGUCUCCUUGGGCUUCGUCAGCUUCGGCCUCAUCCUCACCCUCUUCCUGGAGCGGCCCCGGCGGAGCAUGUUCUUCAACCGGCCCGGGGAGGCCGGCGAGGCGGCGGCGCCCACCGAGCUGGACAGGAUGGCCAUCGGGGACGGCAGCAGGGAUGCGCGGGGCUGGCGGGACAUGGUGCUGUGCCGCAUGCUGCGRGAGCUGGGGGCGCUGGCCAGGCAGCCCCAGCUGCGCCUCUGGUCCCUGUGGUGGGUCUUCAACUCGGCCGGCUACUACCUGAUGCUGUACUACGCCCACAUCCUCUGGAACGAGAUCUCGCCCACCACCGACAACCGCCGCGUGUACAACGGAGGGGUGGAUGCUGCCUCCACGCUGCUGGGAGCCGUGGCCUCCUUUGCUGCCGGAUACAUGAAGAUCCGCUGGACGCUGUGGUCGGAGCUGGUGAUCGGAGUGGUGACGGCAUUCCAGGCGGGACUGCUCCUGCUCAUGAACUCCACCACCAACAUCUGGCUGUGCUACGCCGCCUACAUCCUGUUYCGUGGCUCCCACCAGCUCCUGGUGCCCAUUGCCAUUUUCCAGAUCGCUACCUCCCUCUCCAAAGAGCUCUGCGCCCUGGUCUUCGGCGUCAACACCUUCUUUGCCACCGUGCUGAAGACCAUCAUCACCAUCAUCGUUGCCGACAAGAGGGGCUUGGGCUUGUCUGUGCAUCCCCAGUUCUACGUGUAUUUUGGCUACUUCACGCUGCUGGCCGUGGUUUACCUGCUGGCAGCCGUUGCUGUGGGCGUCCGGCACAGCCGCCGUGGGCAGCCAGCAGAGCUGGCGCUGGCCAAGGGGCCAUGCCAGCUCCCCGUGGAGGUUCCAGCGCAGGAGAAGAGCCCGGAGGUGGGCACCGCACGCGCCUGAGCGCUGGCACUGCGGCGCCACGGCUGGCUCUUGUCGUCAUUGUCACCGUGCGCUCGGUGUCCUGUCCCACCGCUGGCCCUGGGCGCUGGACUGUCCAGGAUGGAACCCUUGGGACACGUUUUCUGCUCUGAGGACGGCGCUGUGCCCCUUCCCGGUGCCCACACACACACAGACCGGGGUCAGGAUUCCCG